GAUGCGGGCGCGGCGCGGGGCAGGGCUCGGCGGAGCGGGCGUCUCCCCCCAGGCUCGGCCAGUGGAAGACGCCGGCAGCCGCGGCUCGGAGUGGUCGGGGCCGUGGGCUGUGCCGGAGUCUCCUCCCUUUGGCCGGCCGCAGGCUUGCAGCCCCAGUGUCACCGCCGUCGCCAUGGCCUCGCAGCAGCUCUUCCGUGCGCUCGUGUCGGCGCAGUGGGUGGCCGAGGCCCUGCGCGCCCCGCGCGCCGGGGCGCCCCUGCAGCUGCUGGAUGCGUCCUGGUACCUGCCCAAGCUGGGCCGCGAUGCGCGCCGCGAGUUCGAGGAGCGCCACAUCCCGGGCGCCGCCUUCUUUGACAUCGACCAGUGCAGUGACCCCACGUCGCCCUACGACCACAUGCUGCCCAGCGCGGAGCACUUCGCCGAGUACGCGGGCCGCCUGGGCGUGGGCGCCGCCACCCACGUCGUGAUCUACGACGGCAGCGACCAGGGCCUGUACGCGGCACCGCGCGUCUGGUGGAUGUUUCGCGCCUUUGGCCACCGCACCGUGUCGCUGCUCGACGGCGGCCUCCGCAACUGGCUGCGCCAGGGCCUCCCGCUGAGCUCGGGCAAGAGCCGCCCGACGCCCGCGGAGUUCAGUGCCACGCUGGACCCUGCGUAUGUCAAGACGUACGAGGACAUCAAGGAGAACCUCGAAUCCAGGCGCUUCCAGGUGGUGGACGCCCGCGCCGCCGGCCGCUUCCGGGGCACAGAGCCCGAGCCCCGAGAUGGCAUUGAGCCCGGCCACAUCCCUGGCACAAUCAACAUCCCCUUCACGGACUUCCUGACUGAGGAGGGCCUGGAGAAGAGCCCCGAGGAGAUCCGCCACCUGUUCCAGGACAAGAAGGUGGACCUGUCCCAGCCCCUGGUGGCCACGUGUGGCUCUGGCGUCACAGCCUGCCACGUGGCACUGGGGGCCUACCUCUGCGGCAAGCCUGAUGUACCCAUCUACGACGGCUCCUGGGUGGAGUGGUACAUGCGUGCCCAGCCGGAGGACAUCAUCUCCGAGGGCCGGGGGAAGACCCACUGAGGCUUGGCCAGACGCAGGAAGCUUGGGUGACACGCAGCCUCUAGCUGUGCCCAGCCUGGUGGUUCUGACUCUGCUUCGACCAGGAUAGUGUUUCUUCCUCCAACUUAGGUGGUGUGUGGGGUGACAUCCCAGAGGCCAGGAUUCCGUGACACAGGCUCCCAGCAGAGGCAGGAGAGAAGGUGGUGAUGGGCACAGGGGGAGGGGAGCUGCCCACAUGGUGCCGUGCUGGAGCCCCACCUCCCUUUCGUUUUACCACUGGGGAAAUAAAACAGCCACGUGCUCAAUUCUGCCAA